AUGGACGAUGCCGAGCUGGGGGUCUCGGGUGUCCGGGCGCGGGGUAACGACGCGACGGAGGCUUUCGACGCUAUCGCGGAGGAAAUCAAGCAGGACUGCUCAGUUCUUCGCUCAGGCAACGCACCGUGGCUUUUGUGGCGCGUAGUCGAUGUUAUCGUCGAUGACAUGCAACCGAUUUUGGCUGCGUUUCGAGCGAGAUUGCAGUGGUUCACAGCCCACAUUGCACGGCGCCGUGCCAAAUCAGACAACGAUGUGGAGAAGAAGCUGCUUUGGACACGGGUUGAGUUGGAAUGGGUGCAGCGGAAGGUCCGUCCGAUCAGUCGUGUUGUCCGGCAGAUGAUCCACGACAAGACGAUCGUUGGGGAUGUCACCCAGUACUUGGAGGAUGUCGAGGAUCACCUGGAAACAUACAUCGAAGAGCUCAGUCGAAGCAUCGGGGUAUGCGACUCUCUGAGGGACCAGGUCCGGAGCUUUCGCGACCGGGAGCAGCAGGGCGUGGUCUAUGUUCUUGCCUUGGUUACCACGAUGACAACCCCACUGCAGCUGCUGGCAUCAAUGUAUGGCAUGAACUUCAUUGACGACAGCGGUAAGCCCGUGGUACCAGGCCUUGGCAGGCUGGAUAUGCAGCGCGGAUACUGCUUGUUUUGGGGUUUGGGCGUCGCGAUCGUAUCCGCCAUCUACAUCAGUUUUCGCUAUGUGUUGAAAUGGAUGUAG